UAUUUCAUUUGUCUUAACUGAGCAGUUGGGGUCACCAUGGUAACAGUCUUAAGACAGUUAAUUGGCUUCAUAUUGGGACCUCACGCGGAGGCUGCACUCGGGUGUUGUCGUAUGGUGCUCGGUACCAGAUGCAGACGGUGUUAUUCGGGGUGAACCGGAGGUGAUGUGAUGAGGCUUAUUUAGAGUAUUUAUUAAGACGUCCAUCGCGUUAGGAGGCAGGAGGCAGGAGGGGAGCAGAGCCGGAGGAGAUGUGGAGGAGGUGAUGCUCCUCCCCCAGCAUGGGAUCUUUGUUGAAUUAUCCACUGAGGACCGCCGGCAGCAGCUCGGACGGGACGGAGGACUCGGAUUUUUCCGCCGACCUCGAGCACACCGAAGCUGCAGAGAGCGUGCACAGGCGCAGCAGCACGCGCCUGACCCGCGCGUCACUGCGACUCAGCCGCAGCUCACAAGAUAACUGCAGCUCAGCACGGAGCAGCUCUCCUGCAGCCACAGGUCCUGACGAAGGCCAGGAUUCAGCAGCAGAGUCAGCAGCAGCAGCAGCAACAGCAGUGGCAGCGUCCGUCUUCUCCUCCGGGCGCAGGAUCACACGCAGCCAACAGGGGGCAACAAACACCACAGCCAAAAAAUACCCACUGCGUCAGAGCAGGUCAUCCGGCUCAGACACUGAGGCAAACGACCUGAAGCAGGGUGCAGACCGGGACGAGACGCCUCCCCGGACCCCGACAGGUAACGCCCCGUCUUCAGAGUCAGACAUCGAGGUGUCCAGCCCUGGCAACGACCUUGUGUCUUCCAGCAACGAUAUUGUAGUUUCACAAGAGGAGGACGAGCGAUUGGCCAAAGAGCUGUCACUCAAAGAGGCCGCCGCCCACGACCUCUCCCACCGGCCCAAACGACGGCGCUUCCACGAGAGCUACAACUUCAACAUGAAGUGUCCCACACCGGGGUGCAACUCUUUGGGUCAUCUAACGGGGAGGCAUGAGAGACAUUUCUCCAUAUCAGGAUGUCCUCUGUACCACAAUCUGUCUGCUGAUGAAUGCAAGGGCAAGGCAUCGACGCGCGACAAACAGGCCGAGGAGAGGACGCUGUCACACCGCCAGGAUGAGAACAGACACUCCACAAGAAACCAGGCUCCUACGGAGCGCCAGCUGCGAUACAAGGAGAAGGUGACGGAGCUGAGGAGGAAGAGGAACUCUGGUCUCAAUAAAGAGCAGAAGGACAAGUACAUGGAGCACCGUCAGAGCCACGGAGCGAGCAGGGAGCCGCUGCUGGAGAACAUCACCAGCGACUACGACCUCGAGCUGUUCAGGAAAGCGCAGGCACGUGCCUCGGAGGACCUUGAGAAGCUCCGUCUGGCCGGCCAGGUGUCGGAGGGCAGCAACAUGAUAAAGACCAUCGUGUUCGGCCGCUACGAGCUGGACACAUGGUACCACUCUCCGUACCCGGAGGAAUACGCCCGGCUGGGGAGGCUCUACAUGUGCGAGUUCUGCCUCAAGUAUAUGAAGAGCCAGACCAUCCUGCGCAGGCACAUGGCCAAGUGUGUGUGGAAGCAUCCUCCAGGUGAUGAGAUCUACAGGAAGGGGAACAUCUCUGUCUUUGAGGUGGACGGGAAGAAGAACAAGAUUUACUGUCAGAACUUGUGUCUGCUGGCGAAGCUCUUCCUGGACCACAAGACUCUGUACUACGAUGUAGAACCUUUCCUCUUCUACGUCAUGACCGAAGCCGACAACACAGGGUGCCAUCUAGUCGGGUACUUCUCCAAGGAGAAGAACUCGUUCCUGAACUACAACGUGUCCUGCAUCCUCACCAUGCCACAGUACAUGAGGCAGGGCUACGGCAAGAUGCUCAUAGACUUCAGUUACCUGUUGUCUAAGGUGGAGGAGAAGGUGGGCUCACCUGAGCGCCCCCUGUCUGACCUGGGCCUUAUCAGCUACCGCAGUUACUGGAAGGAGGUGCUGCUGCGCUACCUGAACAACUUUCAGGGCAAAGAGAUCUCCAUCAAAGAGAUCAGUCAGGAGACGGCAGUGAACCCAGUGGAUAUUGUCAGCACACUGCAAUCUCUCCAGAUGCUCAAAUACUGGAAGGGAAAGCACCUGGUUUUAAAGAGACAGGACCUCAUCGACGACUGGAAGGCCAAGGAGAUCAAACGUGGUAACGGCAAGACCAUUGACCCCAAAGCCUUAAAAUGGACACCGCCUAAAGGGACGUAGAGGAGCUUCCUUUCACACUCCAAACCCAACACACACACAGACAGGUCCUCCGUGUACACUGGCAUGCUCACAGACCCUGAGCCUAAACCCUCACACACACACACACACACACACACACACACACACACACACACACACCUGUACGAAACGCUUUCAGCAGCUACAGCACAGUCAGCCACUUACAGAGUCAGCCAUUACUCUGGGUUCAUCAGCUGCCAAACACUGGCAAAAUGUGCAGGAAUCUGGAGCUAAUACAUGAAUGAAUAAUCAGAAAUAUUUUACCACCUGGCUGUGUGAGGUCAGUUUGUGAGAUCUGGCUCUGUGAAAUGUGACCAAGCUGCAGUCAGAGUUUCCAUCUGAAAUAUUAAAAGAAACAAGUAAAUCUCUAAUUGGUAAUUAGUGGUAGUGUUAAGAAGCAGUGUUGCAGCUUCAGAUGUCUUUCAAAGUUAACUGCGGUGUUUUUCACCAACUGGAUGUUUUUGUGCCUUAGUGACGAACGAGAACUAGAAGAGAAUCAAUUCAUCAUUUAUAUUUAGAUUUUAUAUUUUUGGUUUCAGGCUCUAACUAAGACACUAAAUGUCCGACAGACAGUAUGACUACAAUGUUAAAUAACGAGCUUACGCAGCGGCCAGUGAUGUCUGUCUACGCAGGAUCCCUGCUGAUACUUCCUCGACCUCAUUUAUUAUCUGGAAAGUGAAAGUAAUUGUGCAUUAUAAGUGCACCUUCUCGCAGACACCUGAUUAACACAGAACACCAGACACGCCCGCUAAUCCAAUCUGCGGCAGGCGGAUCUGAACCUGCGCUGACCGAAUGCAGGUCGGCAGCUCGUUGACUCAUGCAAUGAAUUUUGUCAGACACAGACCAGCUGGCUGUGAUUAAACAGGACGAAAAUACAUGACGUUUCUAGGAAUACGAGUCCCGACCUCUAUUUAUCAUUCAGGUCAUAUGACUACACACAGUUCUCAAACAGGCCGGGGAAGGCUUGAUGAUUUCUGUUAGAGCCGCACAAACAUCACAACAGGAAGGAAAUAGUAUCUUGUUUUAACUUCUGUCCCUUCACACUAGGGCUGCACAGUAUGAAAAAAAUAUAACGUUGAAUACCACGAUAACGAUGUUACUUGCGAUAAAUAAAUAGAUUGGAAAGUGUACUCAGUUUCUGCUGAUUUCAGUACAGUACGAAAAUAAAACAAAUUGCUUGUUGAAUUAAAGGAACACUUCACCCCUGAAAUGAUAAUUUGCAUAUCAGUUACUCACCCUGUGUUGAGUUGGAUUCAUGAAAAAAACAUUGUUUUUCUUGCACACCUCCACCGUGAAUGGCGAAUCCAAAAACAGAGAAAAUACUCAGUGUAUUGAAGUCAUUGGGGUCCACGUUUAACAACAGCAGAACUAUAUCCAAACAUCUGUUUACAACUCUCACACAAUUGGUGCAGUGUAAUUAUGCUCAGUACUUCACUAACGCAUGCAUUUUCGCAGAAACAUUACGAUCUGUUACUGAGCUGAAAGUGAAACUUAUCAAUGCCAGACUCCAUUGAGAAAAACAGUAAUUUUACCUCAGUGAACACAGAAGCUGCUGGUUUAUUGCUGCCUCGAUCAGUGAGUCUCUUUUUGUUAUUGUGUGACUUUCAUGUGUUAGAGGGUUUGUUCAGAUUCACCAAAGUCACACAAUAAAGCAGACAAACUGACUGAUUAAGGCAGCGCAUGGCCAGCAGCUCCCCGUGUUCAGCGAGGUAAAAUUAGUGUUUUUGUUAAUGGAGUCUGGCUUUGAAGAGAGCAUCAAUAAGUUUCACUUUCCGUGCAGUUUCCCCUUCAGAAAGGGCCGUCCGUUUGGGAAGUAUUGAGCAUAUGGAUGUAUAAAUGAGACUUGGCUUAGGUGUUUUGAUAUUGUUUUGCUGUUGUUAAAUGUGGACCCCAGUUAAUUCAAUUAAAAAAAAACAGGUUUUUGAUUCUCUGCUCACCGUAGAGGCACGAGAGAAACGUUGUUGUGAAUUCAGUGUAACACGAGGUGAGUAAUUGAUAUACAAAUGAUCAUUUGGGGGGUGCUCCUUUAAAAAAAUUAAAAGAUGUUAAAUCUAACAUGCUUUUAUCGAAGAAAUUGAACAUUGAACUGAACUCAAAAGACACCGCUAAAAAAGAAGAAUGAGAUUUUCUACUGAUACUCUAUCAACUAAAAAGAAAUCAGAGUGCAGCAUCGCAGCCUUUCAGUGUGUUUAUGCCAUGACAAUAAAUGUAUAUCCUGCAGACCUACUUCACACACUGUGGUACUUAAUUGUGUUCAGAGUGGGCAUCAGAUGCAGAGUGAUGUUGCUGUACGUCAUGCAUCCCAUCAACUUAAGAUUUUACAACUCUGUCUUUAAAAAAAAAAGUGUAGACAUAUGAAAUGAAGAGUUACAGUCAGAUGGUCUGAGGUCAGAUGUGUUUGUGUCACAAACGUUAAACAGAGCAGAGCGUACAAACUGACGCUGACGGCGGCUGAUUGAACCCAGAGCUCAUCAAUAACUCAGCGUCUCUCUCAUGCAACAAACACACACCUCAUGUCUGUUAUAUAACCCGUCACACCCAUUAGUCAGGAAGCUAUAGCUGCCAUUGGCCGAGUUCGUACCGUGUUGUGUCCCCAGGAUGUGACCCGUACGUGGUGUCUUCCCUUCUUUCUUUUUUUAAACCUUAUAUCUUAGUGCCGGCUGUGUUGUUUCAUGAUGUGUUCUCAGUGUUGGAGCUCACAAACAUGUCCUCUCUGUGUUCUCUGUGGUGGUUUUGUUAAUGUUCUCAAUGAUAUUUUAUACUUUCUCUACCUCUGAGGUUUACCACUGUAUAAAAGCUACAACGGCCCAUUUUAAGCUUCGUUAUUUUCCUUUUUUAUUCUCUGUGUUAACAUGUGAAACUAAAGCAAGUGUUUGUUUUUUUAACUAGAUUUUUAAAAAAUAUAUAUACUAUUUAUAUUCUUAAAAUGAUAUGUUAACUGCGUAGAACGUGAAAGACAAGGUCUGGUAGAGGAAUGUCGACUCUAGGACGGGCUUCCUUGUGAAUAUGAAUAUUUAUCCUGAAAUUGUACGUAGGUUCAAAUGUGUGUAGAAGCUCUUGGAAGGUACCAACAAAGACAAUGUGUACGUUUACAUGCACACUGAUAUUCCACUUUUAUUCCAAAUUUGACAAUAGUCCAAAUUUAAUACGGCUCAUGUUAAAAACAUUCUGUUUAGAUAUUCCGAGUGAGGCCUUCAGGCUGAUUUAUGCUUUGGCGCGUGACAUUUUUGACGAGUGUCGCUCAACAGAAAUUAAACAGUCACAAGACGUUUUCCAUUUAUGCUUCGGCAAAAGGUUUCAGUCGUCUCCAUGGUAACCAGAGACCCCCUGCUUUUGUUCACGGUCAUUGUCCAGUAAAGAGUAUUCUGCACAGACGGCUGAUUAAAUCACACAGAUGUCCCACUGUACGUGUGUUUUAGUCUCAUUAACUUUACAUUCAUUGAUUGAUCAGCUCCCAGUCUGUCUGUGAGCCAAUAUAUACAAACACCACUGAUUUUCCUGUGUCGCUAACGUGAAAUAUUUAGAUUCAGUAAAUGUCUGCUGUGUGUCAGCCUGGUGAAGGCAGUUCUGACUGCUUCUAUGGACAGAGACGCUGAAUGCUGGUCAGAUUCGGUGUGUGGCGACAACAGUGACACUACUACUAUGAGGGGGGAUAAAAUCACUAAUUAAUAUAUAUAUACACUCACUGUUGAUUCCCUUCAGUGGUGCUGACAUUAAAAAUAUUUGGGUUCAGUAAAUAACUGUUGUCAGUCAGCCUGGUGAGGGCUGUUUGUUGACCGCAAGUGUCUUGCAUAUGUGUCAGGUUUGCAAACAGCACACUUUAUUUUAAAGUACAGUGAAUUUCCGGCAUAGAGCUUUUAUUUUGAAGUGCUGUUUCCUGCUGUAGACUGAAUGACUAACGGAUAGCUACUUAAAAGAGACAGCACACGAGCCAAACGCAAGGGAGACACUGAAUAUAUUUGACUGUGUGGACCGUUAGCUAAUGACCAAGAGGGAUCUGGACCCCAUGCCUGGACCAGUUGGGAACAACUGGUGUAAAGCACACAAAUGUCCCGCUAUAUAUGUGUUGUUAUCUUAUUAACUUUAUAUAUUUCCCCCUCACUUGCUAUGAAGAGAGGGGAAAAUAAAAUGAAUAUAUUAAUAUAUACAAACGCCAUUAAUUUCUUCCCGUGGCACAGACAUGAACAAUAUUUAGGUGCAGUAAAUGUCUGCUGUCAGUCAGCCUGGUGAAGGCAGAUUGGGCAGCAGAGGGCUGCUUCUGUGGACAGAGACAUUGAAUGCACAUUGCGCAACAAAAUAUAACGAUGUCCGCGUCACAAGAAAAUACUCCAUGUGCACAACAUGAGAGAAAAGUGUCAAGCCGUCAGUCGAGUGACACUCUUCAAAAGUGUCACACACCUGAGCAUUAAUUAGGCUUUAUUCUGGAUGCAGCAUUUCUGAUUACGAUAGGUGUCGAUAUUAUUCAGGUUUUAGGAGCAUUCUUUGGGCAUAUAGUGCAUUUGUAAAUUUUGCAGUUUGCAACACAAAGCCUCUCGUCUGUUUACUAUAUAUUUACUGUAGGGCCGAGAUACAUGCCCAAAAAAAAGCCCACAUCUCGGGUCAGAAGGAGAAACACACCCACUUUUAAACAUUAUGAAAGACUUGGUUAGCAACAGGUUUUUGGAUCUGUGCACGUAUUGUAACACAGACCAUUUCAAGAAGGAGGUUGAAGGAA